AUGGGUUCCAACAGCCCCCCCGUCGACACCAUCGCCGCCACGUCCACCGCCGCCACCAACAUCACUUCCACCGCCAUGACCGGCGCCCACGCGCUGCAGGGGGCCGCCGCCGCCGCCAACGGAGACCAGGCCGUUGCCGUCCCCACGGGCCUCGACCUCCUGCCCGCUACUUUGGCGGACCUCGCCGACAGCCUCCGCGCCAUCCGCUCGAGCUCGCGGAGAUCGGGGCCGGCCAGCACCCGCCGCCCCCACCAUCCGCCGUUCCGCCGCCGCCCCCGGCCGACCGCGGUUCCGCCGCCGCCGCCACCGGCCGCCGCUACGCCGCCGCCCCCACCGCCCGCCUCCGCUGCCAGCCAGGGCCGGCCCGCGUGGUGGCCGCCGUCGCCCUCGCCGAUUCCCACGUGGACCGACGCGGCGCCCGUCUACACCCAUACUGCGCCGCGGACGACGGUCCAGCCGCCCGCCCAUCGCCCUGGCGGUCCUGGCGGGUUUGCGGGGCCCUUCGCCGCAAGCACGUCCAUCAACCCAAGCCGCCAGGCGGACACCCCCGAGGUCCCGCCCGUGGCACCGCAGCCGCCCCGCUUCACGAAGCUGGAGUUCGCCACCUACGACGGCGCCACCGACCCCCGAACCGGCUGA